AUGGAUGUGCAAAUUUCUUCCCAGAGUGAGCUGACCUGGAUACGCAAUGUGCACAACAGCACUGCCGAAACUCCACAUACGGCUGGAACGUGUAAUCAGACUUUGUCCACACAGCCACCGAGCUCCAAGUUUUCACUGGGCGUAUUGGUGCUGCUGGCUUUCCUCAUGGUGUUGCUAGCUCUGGUCACCAUCUUUGGAAACGUCCUGGUGAUCCUUGCUUUCAUCACGGACAGAAACCUCAGGUAUCGGAGUAACUAUUACUUUCUCAAUCUUGCUAUUUCUGACUUUGCAGUAGGUGCAUUCUGUAUGCCUCUGUACAUCCCUUAUGCCCUGACAGAGACAUGGCACUUGGGAAGAGACCUGUGCAAGCUCUGGCUAGUUAUGGACUAUCUCCUGUGCACAGCUUCAGUGUUUAGCAUCAUCCUUAUCAGCUACAACUCUGUCCUGUCAGUUACAAAAGCUGUAUCUUACAGAGCCCAGCAGGAAAUAACAUCCAACCCCGUCAUCAAGAUGGUGGCCAUCUGGGUCUUUGCUUUCCUCCUCUACUGCCCACCAAUCCUCUUCUGGGACCAGACCAGCGUGGUAGCAGCAGAUCAGCGCUACGCCAAGUUCUUCGACAAUUGCUACUUCCUCCUCUGUACAUCCACCCUGGAGUUCUUUGUGCCGCUGCUCGCAGUGACCUACUUCAAUGUGCACAUCUUCCACAACGUCCAGAGGCACCAGCGGCAUGGCAGCACGCAGGACUGUGAGCCUCCAAGGAGCAGCAGCCUGUCCUGGAGAUUUUGCCUCUUGCCAAGGCCAGGAGCAUCUUCUCCUCCAUCGGAAGCAGAAGACAGCGUUUCAUCAUUAACGAGGUCAUAGAGACCAGCAGCGAUGGCUAACUGUCCAUCUCCAACACAAACCAGUCCCAUGGCCCUCAAAAAUGACUCUUCUGUCCCUUUCUGUUCAAGGACUGGGUCAAAACUGCAGCGGGACAAGAAAAUGCUUGCUAUAAUUGUAUGUGUCUUUGCCAUUUGCUGGGCCCCAUACACUUUACUAAUGAUUAUUUGUGGGGCCUGUCAAGGAAAGUGCAUCCAUAAGUCCUUGUAUGAAAUAACCUUUUGGCUUUUGUGGCUCAAUUCCUCUCUGAAUCCAUUUCUUUACCCUCUCUGUCUUAUGAGGUUUCAAAUGGCUUUCAUGAAAAUAUUAUGUCCCAAAAAGUUUGCAACAUUGAGAUCAGGCUCUUUUUAG